CUUAUUUAAAAAGUGCUUUUGCUCACUUUCCAGUCCCGUUGGUGGUUUUAAUUGAAUCCAAAUAUCCUUAAGCAACGGGUCGGAGUCAUUUAUACCCAUUCCCUUAUUUUCCAAUUCAGCAAGCUGCCAAAACGUCCUUCUCCUCCUCCCUGAAUCUGAAAGAGAUCUUUUGAUAUCUUGUCUGUCCCUUUUGCUGCCGUUUUCCUGGCAUUUACCACUGUAAUACGACAAUCUUGCCGCCUGGCUUUGCUCAGACCCUGGGGCCCGAAUGGGAAGUCAGACCGGACAUCAGUGCCCAGAUUGAAUAAUCUGUGUCACUAGGGCUUUGAGCCCAGGAUGUGAGCGGAGGCAAUUCCCUGUUUUGGAAGAAAAUCAGACAGGAAACCAGUGCUAGGAAGAAGGAAGAGAACUCAGUCCAGCAGGGUGUAAUGGGGCCUCAUUACCGAAGCAAAAAGCAGCUGUGGGCUAAUUCCUAGCAUGCUGUAACACACAAGGAUUUUGCAAUUAGUAAUAACUAGUGCACGGGCUUCUCGCAUAGACGCCUGCCUGUUUGGCCCAGCAGCUUGAGUGAGGUGCCUUUCAAACCAGAGGGAUCAGCAAGAAAUUCCGGGUAGAUAUGCCUGGCUCAGGCAGCGCCUUCAUCCCCACCAUCAACGCCAUCACGACCAGCCAGGACCUGCAGUGGAUGGUGCAGCCCACGGUGAUCACCUCCAUGUCCAACCCAUACCCUCGCUCGCACCCCUACAGCCCCCUGCCGGGCCUGGCCUCUGUCCCUGGGCACAUGGCACUCCCGAGACCCGGUGUGAUCAAGACCAUUGGCACCACUGUGGGCCGCAGGAGGAGAGACGAGCAGCUGUCGCCUGAAGAGGAGGAGAAACGCCGAAUCCGGAGGGAGAGGAACAAGCUGGCUGCGGCCAAGUGCCGAAACCGCCGCAGGGAGCUGACGGAGAAGCUGCAGGCGGAGACAGAGGAGCUGGAGGAGGAGAAGUCAGGCCUGCAGAAAGAGAUAGCCGAGCUGCAGAAGGAGAAGGAAAAGCUGGAGUUCAUGCUGGUGGCCCACGGGCCUGUGUGCAAGAUCAGCCCUGAGGAGCGCCGAUCGCCUCCCGCCUCCGGGCUGCCGUCCCUGCGCAGUGGGGGCGGGGGAGUGGGUGCUGUGGUGGUGAAGCAGGAGCCCCUGGAAGAGGACAGCCCCUCCUCCUCAUCGGCUGGGCUAGACAAGGCCCAGCGCUCUGUCAUCAAGCCCAUCAGCAUUGCUGGGGGCUUCUACGGGGAGGAGCCCCUGCACACACCUAUCGUGGUGACCUCCACGCCAGCCAUCACUCCAGGCACGUCAAACCUCGUCUUCACCUACCCCACCGUCCUGGAGCAGGAGUCGCCUGCGUCACCCUCCGAGUCCUGCUCCAAGGCUCACCGCAGAAGCAGUAGCAGUGGGGACCAGUCAUCAGACUCCUUGAACUCCCCCACCCUGCUGGCUCUGUAACCCAGCUCCCGGGGGGUCCUCAUCACUGCCUCCUUCCCAGGGACCAGCACCUUCAAGUGCUCCAGGGCCGUGAGGGCAAGAGGGGGACCCUGCCAGAGAGCUGCCCGGCUCUGGGGAGACCUAGGUGGGAUUUUGCUGGAGGACUUCAGCGAUCUCUUAGAAGUCAUGGGACCUCCUCCCUUGUUCAUCUUGCAAAGCAAAUCCUGUUUCUUGAAAAGCCUUGGAAAACUCGGUUUGGUGGACUCAGGCAUCUCUCCGGCUUCUGAAGAGCCUGCGGCUGGUGUGGACCGUUCCUGUCCCUUUGUUAAUGCUACGUCUCUGGAGUGAUGGUGUCCUUCCCCGCCCCACCCAGCAUGCUCAGUGCCUUUUGGUUUCACCUUUCCUCUAUUCACCUCUUCCUCCCCCCAGUGUCAAUUUCACUUCCUCUUGGUUUUUAUCAAAUUUGCCAUGACAUUUCAUCUGGGUGGUCUGAAUAUUAAAGCUCUUCGUUUCUGGA